CUCUUCCUCUCUAUCUCUCUCUCCCUCUCUCUCUCUCUCGCGCCCUCUGUCCGUUUCUCCCCCGCUCUGACCACAUCCACUAAAGUCCCUCCACAGGCACGCAGUGUGCAUAGUGUUGGAGGCGUGUAGUGCUGACACUUUCCCCCAGCCCUCCAGUCCUGCUCUGGCCUGGCUCCAGCUACAGCCUGGCUCUCUGGUUCUGAUCAGACGGGCCCCCGCGCUCCAGUCCCUGGGGGGUCCAACUCUCCCACUCCACCCCCUCCAGAACACAAAGAGAGAGGGGGCCAGCUAAACUCUUGUCCUCCCACCACAGUUGUUUCCAAACCAACAGGAAUUUGGCUACCAGUUCCUUUAAUGUUUUCAAGAUGACUCUGACUGUUCUGAGGAAAUCCCCCCAUUUUAGUAGCCAUUUGAAAUGCCUUUUUGUUUUUAUUGCGAGGAAGUACGCACCGAGUUCCUCAGUCGGCUCCCAGGCUUCGUUCUGUGCAGUCUGUCAGUCAGUCUCUCUCUCUCUCUAGUGACUUUUCCAGGGUUGAGUUGCUGGGUUCAACUCAGAGCUGUUUGUCUGGGAGUAUUUCUGCAGUCUGGUUAGUUUCAGUGUUCGUCUGGGUUCCUGUGACUGUGACAUGGUAUUACUGUGAUAGGACACGUCUGUUGUUCUGAAAUCAACUGAAGGACAGGAUUGGAAUAUUCCACUGACCAGAGAGCAAAGAGUCUGCUGCCACUAACAGUAUGUUCUUACUGGGUAGUGGUCUGAUGGGGAACUCCUCUGCCUCCUUCAUGGGUACGUUCCUGGCCAGCAGUCUGGGCUCGUCCUCCCACCCCUCUCACCCCUCCCGGCCCCCCUCCUCACCCUCUUCACCCGGAUCCUUCCGUGGUGGGCCCCACUCCAGCGCCUCUCAGAUCUGGUUCCCUCACUCACACGAAGCCCCGGGAUAUCCUCGAUUCUCAGGGAGUCUCGCCCACACCUUCCUUCCCAUGAGCCACUUGGAUCACCAUGCCAACAGCGGCGUCCUCUAUGGGCAGCACCGUUUCUACGACACCCAAAAAGAGAACUUCUAUCUAAGAAGCCUUCCGUCCCAGCCCCCUCUCAUCUCAGCCAAUCACGGUCUUCCGCCCAUCUCCAGGGCGGGGCCGGGACACCCUCAGGGCUCCUGCAGUCGGGACAUGGACCCAGGGGGCGGAGUCAGCCUACACAAGGGCCUGAAGGAGGUGUCCGUCGAGAGAGGGGUGGUCCCCAGCACCAAGGACAAGGAGAGGCCCAGCAGCAAACAGGAGGCCAAGGAGCGUCAGCAACACCACAGCCACCACUCCCAGCCCUCACAUCCACACCACCACCACCCACACCCCGGCCACACACAGCCCCACCCCCACCAACAGCACCCCCAGUACCCCCAGCACCCGGUCUCCCUGGAGGAGGUCAAUAGCAGAGCUCUGGAGAGGCACAUGGAGCACCAACAGACCCUAGGAAUGACCAGAACCCUCAGCGCCUGCCUGCUCAAUGGAAAGAUGCAGAACGGGGGACUCUGGGACGGGGGGAGCCAAGGGGGAGGACACCUGGGGGACAAGUCCAGCGGGCAACCCUUCCAGAUGGGCACCCCAACCGACUGCCAGGGGUUGGUGGGUGGGGGCGGCAGUGCCAAGGAUAAGGCCAUGGAGAAGAGUAACUGGCACAGGAAACAGCAGCAGCAGCUGUACAGAAAGGCUGAGAAGACCCCAGACUGGAUGCAGCAGCAGAGUCACCACCCCCAACAACCCCAUCCCCAACAACCCCUUCCCCAGCAGGCCCAGCCCCAACAGCUCCAACAGCCCCAACAGCCCCAUCCCCAACAACCCCUUCCCCAGCAGCCCCAGCCCCAACAGCCCCAGCCCCAACAAACCCAGCCCCAACAGCCCCAGACCCAACAACCCCAGACCCAACAACCCCUUCCCCAGCAGCCCCAGACCCAGCAGCACCAAGCCGUGCGUUCUCGCAGCGUCGAAUGCAUCAAUAGCGUGGGAGUGGACACCACCGAUGUGUUCAGGCCCUCUCUUCCCCAGGGAGCCAAGGCCGGACACUCCCUCCCCCACUCAGUCAACACUUCCCCCUACAGAGACUGCUCCCUCCCGGGCCCCCUGCCCAACGCCUCACCCCUGGGGGGUCGAGGAGGUGCAGGCGGUGGUGCUGGAGGUGGGAGUUGUUCUUUACAGAGAGAUGGUCAGAAGGUGGCCCGUAUUCGCCACCAGCAGCACGGUGGGCCUGGCCCGGACGCCCCAGCAGCAGAGCUGAACCAGAACAACAAACAGAACCAGGACCUGAACAGGAAGCUAGAGAUGUCCCCGUACGGCUACAGCAACAGCCUCACCACGUCCACCCUGCAGAGGAGGAGCAGCAGCGGAAGGCCUACAUGGAGUCUCUCAGUGGUGGCAGACAACAGCCCCAGCAACAACCAGGGCAAGGUAUGGGCCUCCCUCCUCAUCCUUCUCCCCAGCCCCAGCCACCUCCACCCCCAGCCCCUCUCAGCAGCAGCAAGACCCCAGGUCGCCUCACAGGCCCAGGAGGAGAGCAGUGCCAUGAAGAGCCUGCUGAAGUACAGCACCCAGCAGCCCCUGCUCCUCUCCCAGAAGAGUCCCUUCGGAGGCCUGGGGAGCCUCAAAUCCGCUGGUCCUGGGGGUCCUGGAGGUGGAGCCCCUGGGGUUAGCUGCACCCUGCAAGGCAGCAAACAACAACAGGCCUUGCCCACCAGGAAGGGCCCGGUCAAUGACGGGCGCUCUGACUGUGGGGGGCGUGGCCGGGAGGUGGGCGAGGCGGUGGGUCACGGUGAAGGAGAGGUGCGCCAGCCGCCUGUGGGCAUCGCAGUCGCCGUGGCGAGGCAGAGGGAACCGUCCUGUCGCCCGGUGGACGCCCACCCCAACAGCCGGCAGGGGCGGGUGCACCCCUCCAUGAAAGGACCUCCUCGCUCCAUGUACCCCUCAGACCCUGCAGGAGAGGAGGAGAGGAAGAGGAUGAGUGGAGAGCGGAUGGGUCUGACCUGCCUGGACCGAGACAGAGAGGCCUACAUCAGGGAUAAUAAGGAUCCAGUGGACUUCACAAGGAUCCAUCCGUCCAACAGCUGUCACGGUGACAUCACCUCUCACCUCAUGUGCGGGUGGGACUUCCUACAAUCUGGCCAAUUAGGAGACCCCUCUGCACAUGCACACGCCCACUCGGCCCACCACCAUUGGCUGCCGAGCACUGGAAGUCCCUCCAUCUGGAUGACAAGCCACUCCUACGGAAUCGGCCACUCAGCCCUUCACCAGAACCUCGCCCCAGGUUCUGCAGCCAUGCCAGGGUCUCUACAGCCUGUGCUGCCUCUGCCUCAGGACCCGUCUACCCAGCUGGUGGUGCUACCCACAGAGGCCUGCUGCCCACCCUGUCACACAUCACCUGGUUUCUACGGCAACAGGAGCUGUACGCUCUCCAGCAGCAUCAACAGCAUCAUCAUCUGCAGCAGCAGCAUCAACAUCAACAGCAACAGAAAACACCCCCACCCAGGGGCCUGCACUGCUCACCUGUCCCCCUGCUGCCAGUCCCAGUCCCCCACCCUGCGCCCCCACCCUAAGAGCACCCCAUCCACCCCCUGCCCCGCCCCUAGCCCUGCAGCCGCCGCCCCUCGGUCUCCGGAAAUCAGUCCCGCCCCCCCACAGCUGCCAAAAGGGGCGGAGACCCAGGACAAGAGAGGAGAGGGACAGCCCCUGCAGGAUUACCCACAAUCCCUGGAGCCUGACUUGCCUCCUGGAUACACCUACCCUGCCAUCGCCAUGGGUUACAGGAGCUGCACAUCGCCCCACGAUGUCCGAUUGGCCGAGCCAGCUGACCUGGAGGCGGUUCAGGCGGAGCCUGCUGAGAAUGCUCCCCAGCCUCUCUCCAGCCUAGGGGCGGAGCUAGAGUGUCAGGCCAUGGUGAGGCCCUCCCACACCAGGACGUGGAGGAGGAAGAGGAGGGGCAAAAGGAAGAGGAGGUGCAGAGAGGAGGUGGAAGCCAGAGAAGCAGCAGGCAGCUGUGGACCUCCAGAUCAGGAGCAUAGGGAGGAGCAGGAGGAGGAGGUGUCAGUGUGUCCUCCUACGGAGAGCCGUGUGUGUGACACCGCCUCCUGUUCCAUCCUAUCCCCCUCUCUGAGGAGGAGAACCACAGAGAUGACCCCACCUCCACCCUGGAGGAGCAGGAGGAGGAAAAGUGCAAGGUGGAGAGAGGACAGCAGCAGGAGGUGGCAGGAGAACAGGAGGAGCAGGACUCCACCAUCAUCGACCUGGACCCUCCCUGCACUGCCCAACCCCACCAGGAGGCAAAUACUGAGGAGGAAGAGGAGGGGAGGAGAGGAGGAGAGUACUCCUAAUGAUGACAACCACUCAGUAGAGUUGGUGUGCCUCUCCCCCUCCUCUCCCUCUCUGUGCCCCAGCCAGUCUAUCAUCACCCUCUCCACCCCCCUGAAACCCAUUGUGCCUAGUUACUGGAGCCUAGAGCUGCUGAUCGCUGCAGCCUUCUGUGCCGACGUCCCUCCGUUUCCCAUGCUGGCCUCCAGCACCCUCCAGCCCCAGGCCUGUGACACCCAUCCCUGCCCCAGCCACCCCCACCACGGCAUGGAGCUGCUCAGCGAGCUGGCCGACCUGGAGCUCCAACAGCACCGACACAACACAGGAGACAGCCAAGGAGAGGAGAUGUUGAUCUUUGACCUCCAGAGUCUUGCCACCCUGGCAGCAGCCCGUGCCUUGGAGCUGGGUGCCCAGGAGGGUAGCGGGGAGGGUGCCGGGCGGCACUACCCUGCCCGCAAGACCCUCAACCUGCGCAGGAAAUACAGCUGGACACCUCGCCACGAACCGGCAUGCCCGGCCAAGGGCACCAUGGAGAGGAUGGAGGGUCCGGAGCUGGCCAUGCGGGUGAAGCUGGCAGAGCUCCAGAGGCGCUACAAAGAGAAACAGAGGGAGUUAGCCAAGCUACAGAGGAAGCAUGACCACCAGAAGGAGGAAACACCUCGCAGCCCUGCUCGUAGAGGACCGGGGCGGCCCAGGAAACGUAAAUCAACCCCCACCGCUGGCCCAGGCUCCUCCUCUGAGACCCAGAGGAAAGUCAAGUCGUUAGGGGCGGGACUUGGCCUGUCGCCCGAGGACCUGCUGGGAGGAGGGGGUGGGGACGCCCAGAGGAAGAAGAAGAAGCUGUCCAAUCGGGGCUUUGAGCGGCUCGGCGCGGCAGAGGUCAGGGUUCUUUAUGCAGACAGCGGCGGCCAGGAGGGCUGGACGGGGACCCCGCUGAUGAUGCGUGGGGGCAGGAGGAAUGGGAUGGGGGGAGCUCUCGGGGUCCAGGGGUCCGCACGGCUGCAGCAGCCCAGGGCCAGGGUCCUCCGAGCCAGUAGUCAGGAAGCCAUGGAGGGGGGAGAGACCUCCCCUACAGAGAGUGAAUCCUCCAACCAGGCUGGAGGCCAAUCAGAAAGCCCGGAACAAAAAGAGAGGCAGGAACUUUACGGUUCCCAGAGUUUGUCCGGGGCAGAGGGAGAGGUGAAGGUGAGGAAGAGGGCCCCCUGUAGGCUUGGCAUGGUCACUGCAGCCAAGAAGCACCCAGAGUAUCAGGACCAGUCAGAGGGGAUGAGGAGGACCGGCGGACCCAGGUCCCAGGAGCCUCGCCGGGAGAGCCUAGGGACCCGGGGCAGCCUCUACCGGAGGACCAUGGGACCGGUCACCUUCCCCACCACCAGUGAGAGGCUGAAGAGGGCCACACGCAAGAGCACCAUGCUGAGGGGACCCAUUAACAAGAGGAGAAGUUGCUGGUCAGGCGGUGUCCAAUCACCUCAGAGUGACGACAACACUUGCAGGGGGAGGAGGAUCCGAAACAAACAGCCCAAGGGCCGUGCAGUGAGCCGUCUACUAGAGAGCAUGGCGGCGGACGAGGGCUUUCAGAUGGAUGAGGAUGAUAGCAGCUUCUCCGAGGGGGAUGAGGACAGUAACCCAACAUACCCUCACAACCCCAGGAAUCCACUAGCAGCCCCCAGCUGUGUCCUGACCAGACAGCUGCUGACAGAUGGACUCAGGGUGCUGAUCUCCAAGGAGGAUGAACUUCUCUACGCAGCCCGGGUCCACACACUGGAGCUGCCAGACAUCUACAGCAUUGUUAUUGACGGGGAGAGAGGAAACCGCCCCAGAAUCUACUCACUGGAGCAACUGCUGCAGGAAGCGGUCCUGGAUGUGCGUCCAGAGACAGAGUCGGUGCUCUCUGAGGGGACGAGGGUGUGUGCCUACUGGAGCGAACGCUCUCGCUGCCUAUACCCAGGCAACAUACGCCAAGGUGGUUCAGGGGAGGAGGGAAGGGAGGAUCUCCCUCCUAAACAUCCGCCUCCUCCCCCGGGCUACCAGAUCCACUGUGCGGAGUCGUCCCCUGCCCACCUGGUGUCUAGCGGCCGGGCGGCUCGGAGGAGCUUCAGUCUGGAAAAAGCCCCCCUGAGUGAGAGAGUCUCGGAGAGACAGGCCAGCACAGAGCCUGCCAGGAGACGACCAGGGAGACCCAAAGGUUCAGGGAAGAAGAAGAACCUGUCAGACAGCACCAAUAAGAACGCAGCCCCUCUGCUCAGCUGGCCGGCUGUGGCUGUCCCCAGGAAGAGGGCCUGUGAAAAUCUGUUCCAGCUCAACGGGACUCCCAGGAAGGGCCUGAGGGGGACGAGGGAGGCACACCUGUUCCCCCUGCCCCCGGCCCCUGUCUCUACACCGACCAAGGGCCUGUUCAGCAGCAGCUCCUUCGAGGUUGACUCCUUCAGCAGCAUCGCGAACGGCUACUCCUCCUUCUGUAGCACCCAGCCCACCGGCAUGUCCCUGGGUUCCAGGACCGGGCCCUAUGUCCAGAGACGGAGGCCCGGCGAGGUGCCGCGGAGCAGCAGGAAGAGCAGUCAGGAGUUCCUGGUCAAACUGGAUCACGAGGGGGUGACUUCACCCAAGACGAAGAACAGCAAGGCCCUGCUGCUGCUGGGCGGUGGCUCUGGGUUCGGGGCCAAAGGCGUGGGCGGCCUCCCCAGGCCUGAGGCCUACUCCCACCCAGUCCUGCUGGUCAAGGACAACAGGAAGGGAGUUUCUGCCUCAAGGGCUGAGCUCCUCCUUAAGGGUGCCCCUCCUCCACAGAGGAAGGCUUCUCCCUCCCUGGCUAUUGGGGGAGUACGGUUUCGUCCAGCUCAGGCUCCAUGUCCAGUUCCAGCCUGUGCUCCUCGGAUAACGACUCGUCCUACAGCUCGGAGGAUGAGGAGAGCUCCACGCUGCUGCUACAGAGCUGCCUGUCCUCCCACCAUGGCCUGCUGCAGUCCCCUGAGCCCCGGCUGCAGCCGGACCCACCAGGGCCAACAGUCCUUCGUGGCCAAGGCUGUGGCCGUAUCCAACACCAAGGCAGGAGGAGCCACCAACGACCACAGUGCCAACAACAAGCUUCUCAAAAGGAAGGAGUGUAGCAGCUCGUCCCCCUCCAAACCCCCCAGAGACCUGGUGAAGAGGCAAAGGGUUAUCCCCGGUGAUGCAAGACCAAGACCCAAGAUGAACACGUUCCUACCGGGAAGACAGAUGUGGCGGUGGUCGGGGAACCCCACUCAGCAUGCUCUGUAUCAGUCGUGCCACGAGGACGAGAAUGACGUCCAGACAAUCUCCCACAAGUGCCAGGUGGUGAGCCGCGAGGAGUAUGAACACAUGGCCCGCGGCCAGAAACCUAGCAGCAGCGUGACCACCCAAGGCCUGUACUAUCUGGCUGGCACCUAUGACCCCACCAGCGGUCAACUGCUCACUGCUGAGGGGGUGGCCAUCGUCUGCUGAGCUGAGGACAUCUUGUCCUAAGGAUACUACUGAACCACCCAUCUGAUGGGAAAUGAAGGUGAAGGUCCCCGCAGCUUUGCCUGAAGGACCCCUGGUCUGAUUCAGUCCGUAGGAGGGUUCCCAGAUGGGUCAGUCCUGGAGGAAGUGAAGGUCGAGGUGCCUGUGGCUUUGCCUGAAGGACCCCUGGCCUGACUCAGUCCGUAGGAGGGUUCCCAGAUGGGUCAGUCCUGGAGGAAGUGAAGGACCCUGGCCUUAGUCAGUGCUGACUAGUGGUGGACGUCAGGGCCAAGGCAGGGCUGUCCCCUGUCUACACUGGAUAUCUCAACACACAUGGCUGCUAGACUGGGGUGUAGUUAGAAGAAGGGGAGGGGGUAGCCAUUCACAGCAGUGAACCCCAUUCUGCUCCCAUCCUCACUGGGUGAAGACAAGGAUCUGGGUCCUGAACAACCACAAUCCAGGAGGUCAAUGACACCCGACUGACUUUCCAUUGGUCCAACUUAACAUCUCUUUAGUUUAGACUGAGGAUGGCAUGUUUGAGGGACUGUUUCACACCUCAUCUUUACACCACUCACCCAUCAUAGGUCACCAAAUUAGAGCUGAACAUAGGUUUGGAUUGGACAGCUCAAUGCACCAUUAGGUCGCUCCGGACCAGGCCUGUGGUUGCCUCAUUUCAGCUGAGUGCGUGAGUGAGUGAGGUAUGGGAUGUACUCUCCAUAGUUCGUCUUCAUGAUUCCAGGGAUGAUAAAAUAUGUAUAAGAUAUCCAUGAUAAAGAUGUAAAUAUUUGGGAUGAUUUUUCCAGUCAAGCCAUACACUUCAGUACCUCUUGUCUCUCUUAUGGAUCAGGUGUAUACUGUACAGGUCAGUUAUCUGUUCUUUUUUUGUUGUCUAUAUGUAUAUAACAACUAUUUUAUAUACAAGUAUAUAUGAAAGGUAUCUUUCCAUGUUUUUUUAUUGAUUUAUUUUUCUAUGGAGGGGUGAAUAUGGCUCUUUGUGUUUUUCUUUGGGACGAUGAGCUGAAGAUGUAAAAGUGUUGCACUACACAUGACCUGCUGAGACAGACAGACAGACAGACAGACAGACAGACAGACAGACAGACAGACAGACAGGCAGGCAGGCAGACAGGCAGGCAGGCAGGCAGACAGACAGGCAGACAGACAGACAGACAGACAGACAGACAGACAGACAGACAGACAGACA